AUGGGCCUCGCGGUAUCUGGGCGUGUUGGUAACUGUAGAGUCCAAGGAAAGUCUCGUGGCUCGAAUCGCGUCCGAAAGUAUAAAGGCCUCUUCUCCCCUUGCGGUGCGAUUUCAGGGUUCGAAUACAGCAUCAUCGAUGGAGCCCCUUUCGAUCGGGAGCUCAGUCGCCGACAUAGGCGGCCAUCGGAAUCCUUGGAGGCCCCGAUCGGUGUCAAAUUUGGUGAAAGAAAAACUACCGUGUGGAAAGCUCUCUUUGACAUGAUUUUAGCAGCAAAUGAUCAAAACAGUGGAUUUUGCACCGGAGACGCCCGGACGUUUCUCCCCUUCGUACCUGAGGAGGGAAUGCUGGUGGAGGACAAGAUCCGGUUGGGCUCCACGCCGCCGAGCUGCCACAACCGGUGCGACCUAUGCAACCCAUGCACGGCGGUCCAGGUCCCUACUCUCCUGGUCCAGUCCACUCCGGUUCGUUCCCGGGUCAGGAAGGUUCGCCCGUCGGAUGACCCGUUCUCCUACGGCAACCAGUACUCCAACUACAAGCCCCUGGGGUGGAAGUGCAGCUGCGGCAACCGCCUCUACAACCCUUAGUUGCAGAGGACCUCUUCUCCGUGCACUGGUUUUGAGAAGAAUCGUUAGUCUCUAUGCACGCGUUUGCAAGAUCCUUCUCGCUCUCUUUGGCUUUCCUCCCUGUUCCAACUGUUUGUUGGGUGUAGGUUGCCAUUCUUUUGUAGGCGCGACAUGGCAGUGCACCUGCUGCGAUAGAUACUCUUAAUGUACAGAGCAGCAGCGAGAGAGCGAAGGCUGACCCGUUCACUUAACACUAUAAUGGAUUGUGAGUUUGGUCUC